CGCAUCUCCGGCCCGCACCGCUCCCGACUCUUCCCCCGCCUCCCCUCACGCCGCGCCGGGAACGCCCCUCAGGAAAGCUCGGGGCUUCCGCCGGGCCUACAGGCCGGGCCCGCGGUUCCAGCCCGAGACCGGAGGGCUCUGGAAGCCGCAAGGCUGCGGGGGGAACCCGGCAGGUAUAAGGGCUGCUGCACAGAAAAAGAAACACCAGCUUUCAGCAGCUUGCACAGUAAGUUGGUGACACACCUAGAACAACCCCAGGUUAUGUAGUUGCCUCCCGUACAUCCUGCUGACUGGAACAGGCUGCUCUUCAUCUUUCUGGACUAUGCCAAGAAAAAGAAAGCUGUUGGCUCAAUUAAGUGCUCUUCAAAGCAACCCCAGCUUCCCUCCUUUGAAUGCUCUGGAGAAACUGAGUUCUACACCUGAUGGUGAUUCUUCUCCAAAAAACAGCAAGUAUUUUGCAACACAGAAGAAAAAUUCUUCCCGGCUAGAAGCAGAUUUUUUUAACCAGCCCUGCAUUAGUCUGGCCAAGUCCUUUCUGGGACAGAUUUUAGUUCGCAAGCUUCCUGAUGGCAGAGAACUCUGGGGGAGGAUUGUUGAAACAGAAGCUUAUCUGGGUGGGGAAGAUGAAGCUUCCCACUCGAAAGGGGGGAAGCAAACUCUCCGAAACGCAGCGAUGUUCAUGGCCCCAGGAACCCUCUACGUGUAUCAGAUCUAUGGGAUUUAUUUCUGUGUCAAUGUUUCCAGCCAAGGGGAAGGGGCUGCAGUGUUGCUUCGCUCUUUGGAACCUCUUGAGGGUUUGGAAGCCAUGAGAGAGCUGCGCAGUGCCUCCAGGAAAGGCCCCAGGAAGCCCCUGAAGGAUGGGCAGCUCUGCAAUGGGCCCUCCAAGCUCUGCCAAGCCUUUGGCAUUGACAAGGCUUUUGACCAGAGGGACCUGGCUGAAGAUGCAGCCAUCUGGAUGGUGCCUGGCCAAGACCUCCCUGGGGAGCAAGAUGUGGUGGCCACGACAAGGAUUGGGAUUGGCAACAGGGGAGAGUGGUCCCAGAAACCACUCAGGUUUUACUUACGAGGAAACAAAUUUGUGAGCGUUGUAGACAAGAAGAUGGAGAGAGAGAUGGGAGCAUCAGGACACUUCUCUUGUGCUCCACAUGCCGGCCUUGAGCUGUGUGAGGGCAGCAGCUAGGGCAGACUGUGGCUCAGAGGUUUUUAAUAAUAAAUGUUCUUUGUCA